UCUCGCUGUUGGUCACACUGGUGUUUACAUUUGGUGGUAGCGAUAAACUAGAAGAAAAAAAACCGAAAUGGACCCGACCGUGUUAAUCCUGUCUUAUGGAUCGAAGACUCCCUUGGAAAUUGCCGAAGGCAUCCUGACUGAAAUGGAUCAACCAAAGACACCGAUAAACAACGAAGUUUCUUCACAUUUCUAUAAAUGCAAGAUUAAAACGAAAUACUUCAACACUUCAGUCAAUUUAAUUCCUUUCGAUGGAAAGUGGGAAAAUGUUCCGACAGAAAUCACCAAAACCACGGAAGCUGUAAUAGUCUUUUUUGACGCCAACGAUAUGAACUUCUUGCACACUUUCUCAGAUACUUUCUUAAGUGAUUGUCCAUUGAAACUCGGCUUUCUUUUGACAACUUCGUUUCCCUGCGAGGAAAACGGCAUAUCCCUGUCAGACCUAAAGAAACGCACGAAUUUCAUUUUCGACUUUAUAUCUCUGAAAAGCAAUAGCGAAACCGAAACCGAAUCGAUGGCGACAUCGACAUCGACGCCUGGUCAGACAGAGGAUCAAUAUCAGGAAAUUGUGGAUGGCUUGAGAAAUGUUGUUUGGUCAAAUGUAGAGAUAAGCACGAAAUCGGGCUCCCAGCAGAAGAAAUCAUUAAGCUCCGAAGAUUUGGACACGCAAUUGAAUGAUUUCGAGAACCUUCUGAUUACUGCGCAAAGUUUACGCAGUGAUACCCGUUUAACGAGAGACGAGUUCCUCGACAAAGCGGAGGAGUUGGCCGGCGUAAUGUCCAACAUAUUAAAUGAUAAUGAUAGCGACUAAGCUUGUCUAACGUAUCGUUAGCAAACAUAUCGUAUUCUUUCGCAACAAAAUACAAUACACAUUAUACACAUGCUAAAAUCUUGCUAAGGAUACGAGUAUUUAUGAUUUAAUGAGCAUUUAUUCCACAACGCUUCCCUUGCAUCGGCAGCAUAAGGGAAGGCUAGGUUAAUGGAAUAUCGGAGACUUGUCCAGCAGAUGUCGACUAAUACACAUAUUAUCGUUAUAGAUACCAAUGUAUCAAAGACCUUCAGACUUUUAUAUGCAAAUCUACAAGUAAUAUUCUAUUCGUUUUAUUGGAUUGCUUUUUCAGACGGCUCUUAAGUUGAACAGCUGUGUUUUUUUUAAUAAAUACAGUUUGGUUACUUCAUAAAAGA